AGAAGGCAAAACAUUUUUAUCAAGUAUUGUUUCAUUCACAGAUAACAUGGCGAAGAAGCAAGGAAUUGAUUGUUGGACGUCUUUCUCAAGUUCAGAUGGAAACGGAGAGGGAGAUCUUCAGUCAUCACAUGAACAUGAUGAUGAAGGAAACAUCCGCAUCAAGGAGGAAGGAGAAGUUGGGAAGGAGACGUGUCUUUCCAUUCCAGGUUCAGAAGGAUUGAGAUAUGAGGGUCAGCUUGUAACUCAAGAUGGUCUGGUCUUCACCAUCAAACGAGAAGUUGACACAGACAUGUUUGCAUCCCUCUCAAGUACAGAAGGACAAGACCCAUCGACUGAACAAGAAAUGGUCUCUGCCACCAUAAAGCAAGAAGAUGAAGAGAUAUUUGAACCUAUUACAACUCUAAGUGAAGGAGGAGGAGAAACUGAGCAAUCAAUUCCUGAAGAGAGUUGGACAAUGGACAGGACAAGAUACACUCACAUAUUACAGCAUGCAGUGGAGAGAAGUCCCAUCCGUGUUUACAUUGCAGUAAGACAUUUACUGAUGAGAAGAAUCUAAUAUUACAUCAGAAAAGACACCAGGUCGAGUAUGAGCUUACUCACCACCUUAGAACACAUUAUGGAGAGAAACCUUUCAAGUGUUCCCAGUAUGAUGAGGCUGUUUCUCAAAGAAGUACCCUUAUUAGCCAUUUAAGAACACAUAGUGGAGAAAAGCCACAUCGAUGUCCCUAUUGUGAUAGAGAAUUUUCUCAAAAGACCAAGCUUACUAGCCACCUUAGAACACAUACAGGAAAGAAACCCUUUAAGUGUUCCCAUUGUGAUAAGGAUUUUUCUCAACAGAAUCAUCUCACUCGCCACCUUAUAACACAUGCAGGAAAAAAACCUUUAAGUGUUCCCAGUUUGAUGAGGGUGUUUCUCAAAAAAG